AGCCAACUUCAGUGUCACCAUUUUGUUUGUCGCCCCGUGUAUCGAGAUACCGAAUUAAACUAGAACCAACUCGUGGUUAACUUCACAGAACCUCGAGACUCGGUGUUUCUGUUUGCGCGAAAACGUGCAAGUUGUUUCGGAAAAGAUUGUGCAAAAGUAUUCUUGAUCACAAAGUAUAGUGGUGUUCACCCUCAGGAAAUAUAAGCAUGUUUUUGUGAUCAUCAUUCGGAGUGUAAGCUUAGUAACGCUCUGUGAUGGCCGAGAUUGCGAGUUCUAGCAUGUUUACAAACGGUGAGGCAUCUUCAGGGACAUCCGAUCUCCUUCAGAGAGCUUUCCAGGAAGUUGUCGAUGAAGAUGAUACAGAAAACGAGUUUGUAGCAUUCCUUCAAAGUGAUGGAGUCGAUUCACACACUAUUCAGUUAACACCAGCGCAAGCUGCCGCUUUGGGGUUAACUUUUGAAGUUGACUCUGUCGAAGAAGCUUCCGAUGAAAUUAUAUACCAAACCGAUCAAAACGGAGUAAUUACUGAACUUCAAGAACAUUUAAACGACGAUGAGAUAGCUCAGCUUCAGCAAGAACAGACUGAAGAUCCAUGUACAAUUCAGGGUGUGCAAGAUGCAGAUUUGACAAUGCAAGACAUAGGUGUGAUAAGUGAAGAAAAUAACUCCGACGUAGAGGAUGAGCCAAAACAAGUUGAAGAUAUUGCCAUAGAGCAGAAUUUUCCUAUCCAACAAGAAAUUCCAGCACAACAACCAUCCAACAGUUUUAAAACAACUGAACUUCAAUUUUCCACUAAUUUAGAAGCUGGCACUCAAUGCAGAUUUACUGACAAUCAAAUACAAAAUCUGCAUUUCAAUAACAUUCACAAUUCUCAUGCGCAGAUACUUAAACGAUUACCUGUUAUCUUACCCUCAUCUCAGUUUGUUCUGAAACCUGCUCAAACAAUUCUUAAGCCAACACGAAAUGUCCGAAUCCUCCCGAAUACAAACAAAAUUCUAAAUGGUACAGUCAACACAAUUAAUGCUGUUCAUUCGCUUAGUAGUUCGAGUCAGAAUUCCAUAUUAAUACCAAAAACAAAGUUGUUGAAUGGUUUAUCAUCCCAAAUGUUGAAAGCAACGCCUCUUACUACUCAACUGUUGAGUUCCAAUAACAUCUCUGCUCAAUUGUUGGGCACAUCACAUAUUGUCGGAAAUUCAUCAGAAUUAUGUAAUCAUGUUAUGGGUACAUCUCAAAUUGCCACAACGGUGAUAAAUGCAACACCGGUAUCAACGCAGACAAUUCUGAAUUCUCAAAUUUGUUUGUCUUCUCCAGUAUUGAGACCCACCCAACAUUCCAUCCAGCGACAGAAUACACAACAUUUUUUAACUCCAAUUGUAAAGAAUACUUCUCUUCCAUCCUCUGCUGUCAAAACAAGCAAUGUUCUCACUAAUAGUAAUUCAAAAAAUGUUACUUCUGGACAAAUGCUUAAGCCUAUGCAAAUGCUUCGCACCGUUCCUGUGUCGAUGAUAAAAAGUACUGGUGCAUCCUCACCAUUAUUGAAAAAUGUUGUUUCUACUGCAUCAGGUAUUAGGGCAGGGUCAGUAGUUAAAGCAAAUAUUCAAGACUUGAAAACGAUUCCGACUAGUAAUGCAUCGGUUUUGAGAUCUACGCAGAUGGCUUCUACCCCGAUAUCUAUUUUGAAGCCACAAAGUAGAAUAAUCACAAACAAUUCUAUGGGACAGAAUCUAUUGCAUAAUACGCAGACUGCUGUUGGAAAUGUACCAAAUGGUAUGCAAAACUCAUGUAUACAGCAAUGUUCAGUGUCCAAUAUGCAAAGCGAAUCAAAUGGGAUAAAACAAAUUCAAAGUAAUAUGAAUGCUGUAAAAAUGAGACAAAAUGCUGUUGCUAAUGGCGGUGCUGCAUCAUUAGCAAAAAAAACUAAACCUGCCGUCGUACAAAAGACUCCCAGUGCUGUGAUGGAAAAAACUGAUACAUCAAAGCCACUAGGCUCCAGCGAAAACCCAAUACAAAUCGUACAGCAGGGUCACACCUUUCAUAGUAUGCAACGACUGACACAAUCACAAUUGAAGCAGAUUGCUCAUGUUCUACAACAGCGUAGCCAAGAAGCAGCGAUGCCAAAUGAAAGGAUUGUGUACAGAGUUGUCUUCCCAGAAGAACUUGAUCUGAGAAUCAGAAAUCCUGUCAACUUACUCAGAGGCCGGGGAGGGAAACGAGGCAGGCCUAAGAAAAAUGCUAUCCGACCACCCGUUGUACCUCCAAAGCCAACUGUAGUAGCCGAAGAAGAACCAGAUGAAGUGAAGGAUGAGCGCAAAAAAGUGAUAGCUCGAACAAGAUCUGGUAGACUUUCUCGGCCUCCCAGACAUAUGGUACGCGAUUACAAGCAUCUACAUCACUUGGAUUUCAUGCAGCCAGAUUUAGAUGACUCUGAUGGAGGCUACAGUGAUUACAAUACGAAUGGUGAUAAAAUCGACGACGACGAAUCACCUAAGGAGUUAUUAACUGGCCUAGAAAUUCCAAAACGAAAAAUUUCUGAUCAUUUCAAAUGUCCUACCUGUCAUAAGAUUUACCUUGGCAGAACACGGAUGGCUCGGCAUUUUGAAAUGCACCCCGAUCACGGCAGUCCCGAACAGUUACCGCCACCUACACCUGAACCAGAACUGAAACAAUCAUCUGUUCAGGAUCCAUUAAAACGGAAAGGAAAAAAGCGUGGCCCGUGGGCUUACGUUACACCUGAAGCAAAAUCGGAACGCCGGCAAAUUAAACUUAAGGAAGCAAUUACUGUGUGUGAGAAUACGGAAAUAAUCAAUAUCGCGGCUAAGCCUGUUUUGAAUGCUCUGUCUCUAUACGAACUGUUGAUUUUAAAAUCUGAAAAUAAUGUGAGAAACUUUUUGGACGAAUUGAAAAAAUUGAUGGAUAAAAUUAGAGAAAAAGCUGGCAAUAUGCUAGCUGUUUCAUGCGACGAUGACGGUCCUAAUGAUGAUGUUAUAGACUUGAGUGAAGACUUACUUUGUGAUUCACUUGGCCUAAAUCCAGGCUUGUACAAGAUAAAUAAUAGUGUCUUUGAAAAGGCACCUCUUGUAAAUUUAGUCAAUACCGACGAACCCAUCUUGAAGCGGCAAAGGGUGGAAAAUUCAGAAGAUACUAAAGAGAAUAUAGACGAACGUAUGUCCAGCGGAUUUUCGGAAAAUUCAGAUUUGAGUGUUUCCGACUUUUUAAAUGAUAGAAAAACUGAAUCUAAUGUCAAUUCAAAUUGCCCGGAAGUUUUAACUGCUCUCACAUUAAUGCCGAGAAAUCCAAGUCCAGUGAAUAAUACUGAAACAAAUAAGUCUGAUCAUAUGUCAAAAUUAUUGAUUUCAAAUCCUGAAAUACAAAGCCAAAUUUCGGAUAGCUCUGGUUUUCAGAAGAUCGAUAUCAAUCCAAUCAGAAUGCAGGGAUAUCAGAAAAUGGAUGCUUCAAAUCAAUGUUUUCGAAAACUCAGUGAUAGCUUGGAACAUCAAAAUUGCACUCAAGUAUUCUCCAAACUGGAAGGCAAUUUUCAACGGAAAAUAGAUCACUUGGAUCAAGCUUUGAUCAAAUUAGAACCAAUGGAUCAAACUCUGAAACAACUGGACACCAAAAUGGAAGUUGGUAUACCGAAAGAAGAAUCGAGCAUUUUCCCAAAAGACGAAAAUGAUUUCGACAGCUUGGAUCACGGAUCUCAGGACUUUACUAAAGGAUUUCGAAAAUUAGAGUCAUCGUGUAAUCACAAAAUCGAAAUUACUAAUUCGGUUACAAAGAUAGUUCCUAUAACUUCAUCUGAUAUAAGUAGUAUGAAAGUGCAUUGUACAGCAUCUGACAAUAACUUGGUAAAAAUGUUACCUAUCACAGCAAUUUCAAAAAUUUCAGAAAGCUUACCCAUACUGCAAGAUGCUGUAUCUAUUAUUUCGAGUACUUGUGACUCAAAUCUUUUUGGUAGUACAGAAAACCUAGAUAUGUCCAAAAUAGGAAACUACGAUCAUAUUACUCAUUUGGACAUCUUAAACACCAGUGGAGUGAUUGAUAAAAAUUUAAUGAUUGAUGAAAAGUUGGUGGAACAAUUACAUUUAGUCGAUCAGUCAAACUUGGUUGAUGAACUCGUCUCGGAAAGGUUGAAAAACAUACCUGACUUUUCAGUGCAAAUAUCAAAUGGCACCCCAUUGCCUGAUAAUAUUUUGGAGAAUAAUCUGAUAUCUAAUAAUUCAAAUCUGGAUCCAGAAUUGGAUUUUGAAGCACUGAGUGAAGAGUUCAAUAGAAAUACUAGAAGUUGAUUCGCGAAAGGUUUUCAUCACAUCUUCUUAAGUAACUGCACAUUUCAUCCCAUAAAUCUUUUAAAUACUAAUAUUUCGAUAAUUUAAAAUAUUCCGGUGCGUACAAGUUAAAAAGUUGAUUAUACUAUUUUAUCGGCAAUAUUCUUACAAUUAGGAAUUACUCAUUGAAUGGAUAUGUUAUAAUCAUUUGAUCCUGUGUCGAAAUAUUUCAUUUAUCAAGUAGUACGGCUCUGGAGUGUAUGGUUUCUGAAACAUAUUUCUUCGAAUAUUACAUUUUCAAUUUCGUCAAUAAGCGGACAAUAGCUAUUGAAAAAAAAUCUAAAAGCUAUGGAAUAUAACGAAUAUGUGUUAAUCAUAUGGUGUUUCGUUAAUCACAUUUUUGUCAGUACAAUUUCAUCAGUAAUUCAGAUAAUUUUAUGUAUCAGUAGGUACAAAGCUAAGUGAUGAUUUUUGAACGAUUGGCAGGUGUACCUUGAUUAUUAUUUAUAAAUAAUUUUACCUAUUUUUUCAUAAUACUUAAAUAUUACAGUUAUUGUAAAGCGUUACUAAACUAGUAAGUCAUGCUAAAGCAUUUCUGUACAUAUAUUUCUGUGUAGACAGUUGAAGCUAUAACUGAUUCAAUGCUGCGUCUAUUGCUUGUUUGGCUUGCAAACUCAGACCAGAAAGGUGAUACUAGUUUUUAUUUUAUUACAUUAAAAAAAAAAAAAAAAAAAAAAAAAAAAAAAAACGAA